CAAAAAAGUCGCACGAGAAGACGCUCGCCUAUCACGCGCGUCGAUGCCGAUGUAAUUUUAAAGUCAAGUAAUUGAGCCUGCCGCUGCGGCAUUUUUCGGAGUCGCGGUGGCGGAUUAUCAGACCAGACCACGUGGCGCGCACUGUUUACACGCAUUCUCGCCUGCUUAUAUACUUAAGUAUGACGACUUGACGCUUCUGCUGGCGAAGCAUUUGUUUUUUGUUCGUGCAAGCCACUUUUUUAGGUGUUCGCCGGGGUGGAUAGUUUUCGGAAGAGGGUUAGAUUGUUGCGCUCUCGCAGGAGGAAAUUGAUUGUGAUUGUUCGAGCGUGAUAUAACAGCUGCUGUUGCUUGGUUACAGAAUACAGAUGCGGAGCCGAUUGCUAACCUCAAAAUGGUCCGGUACAAGAACAGAUACAUAACUAUCCAGGUAUCUAGUAAGAAGGAGAAAUUCGCCAAUAAGCCAUUAAAUCUCAAACCCCAAGCCGUGCAUGAAGCGAUUCAGAAAAAAGUUUUGGAAAUGUAUGGGGAUUAUGGCAUAGCAGCAAUCAAAGCUGGAUUUUCAGCCAAGUACUGCAAUGCUCACACAAGAAUAGCACUGAUAAAAAUUCGUCAUGGACCUCAUAUGUUCCUACUGAAAGCUCUACCAAAAAUCAACGAUGUUGGAGGAAACCACGUUAAUGUGAAGAUUAUGUACAUAGGAGCAACGAUGAAACAUUGUUUCAUAUUUAUUAAGAACUACCAGAGGGAAAAGUUGCAGUCAAUGUGGAAAGAGAUGAAGAACGACAACGAGAGGAAGGAACUCGAGAAAGCAUUGAUGACAAUGGAUCCUGCCAUGAAAGACCUCUUGUAAUGAAUAAUGCUGUGAUAAACCAUAAUUAAGGAUGAAAUAGUUUAAGAUACUUUAAAUCGAUUCUAAUAAAUAAAAAAAAAAACAAAUAAUUUUCUACAAAAA